UCACCUCAAUGAAUUGCUCCUAGGUGAUCAAUGAGUCAGGUUAAUUGGGUGAUCGAGAGACAGUCUCCGGCAGCUUACGAAUAGUUCGAUGGAAACCCACCCACUGCAGCUAAAAAACACAUCAGCUGUACGGUGAGUGAAGACAAAGACUCGUAACAUUAGCGGCUGUUCCGGCGUUGCCCUUCUAUGACCAUGAAUUGUGCAGCAGCUGAUUCUGUUUACCCGUCCGGUCGUCAUGGCGACGGUCGCAUUCCAACAGGGCGCCGCCGCUGUACGAUCAAUGUCUACCGCCCCUGUAUCGUGGCCUGAGGCAUUCCUGGUCGACAAAGACGAGUGGAGGUGCGGCGCCGCGGUCGUGUCAUACUGGCGGUGACCGGCGGGUGCGACAGAGGUGCCGCCGACCGCGGCACUGCGGCAGAGGACGGCAGACGCAGCUGGAGCCGGGGGCGGCAGACGAUCACGACUGACGCAGAAGAGGUCUUCCGUCAGAGUCAAGGUGAGGAGGCAAGAGGAAACAAAAAACAAAUGACGUAGAGUGACAAAACAGACCGACGACCUCCGGAAAACGCUUGUGGAGUUCAAGGAAGUCGUCCCACUCUAGAGCGAUACCCAAGACCGGACGCAGACGAAGAUCAGGAUGUCGAAGAAGGACAACAGCUCCGACGACAUGUCGUGGGUGUUCGACUCGCUGGUUGACUUCCUGCGCGGUCCCAUCUGGAACAUUCCCAUGAUCAACUUCAUUGAGCAGAAGUCGAUGAUCUUCGAGCCAGGCGGUGAGAACCAGCGCGAGUACCGGCGCAUACACGACGAGUACAAGAACCUGGUGGACUUCAUGCUGGGCACCUACAUGGAGGACAUCGGCAUCACGCCGGCGCAGUUCGAGUCGGCCUGCUGCAAGUCGUCCAACCGGAUCAAGUCCCAGUUCCACCAGAUGCUGUUCGAGCAGCUGUGGGCCGCGGACGACUUCGACAUGUUCCAGCGUAUGAUGAUCCGCACCAACAUCGAGCUGCAGCUGCAGGCGCUGGAGCUGAUCCAGCAGCGCUGCGGCCUGCUGCCCGCCAGCUUCCAGGCCGAGACCACCCAGGUCAGCGACGAGGAGAAGCGCGUGCUGGAGGAGGUGAUGCGCCGCUCGGUGCUCGAACACCAGCAGCAGGAGGCGCGCAUGGACCAGGAGACCCGGCAGCUGGAGCGGACGCUGGCAGAGACGGACGGAGAGAGGCGCCGCCUGGAGGCCGAGCGCAGCCGCGAGCAGCAGCUCAUCCAGGAGACGCUCAAGCUGUCCGUCAGCGAGCAGCCGUCGGCCGGCGCCACCCCCAUCCCGCCCGAGGCCAAGAUCAGCGCCGAGGAGGUGGCCAAGCGGCAGGCCUACCUGCGCCAGCAGCGCGACAAGCUGCUCGCCAUGAAGCGCACCGAGCGCCAGAAGCUGCUGGACAGCUCCGAGAAGCGGGAGGCCACCAAGCGGCCCAAGUCGUCGCGCGCGGCGCGCUCCGCCUUCGCCGGCAAGGUGGACGCCAAGACGCUGGAGAUGCGGAAGCACCUGGCGGACGCCCUCCGGCGAGAGGUGGUCGACAAGAAGUAGCGGCGCGCGCGGCGGUGCUCGCUGCACGGUCGGGAUGAGGAGGUGCCCGGAUGAGGGAGAGUGUUUGCAUCCUUGGGAUGAAUGGCUCGGCGCGCUUUGUGGAUCGGUGUGUCUCAAUGGUCACUGCUGCUUCACUCGGAUGGCGAGCUCGUUGUUUUAUGCCUAGGAGUUAUUGACAUAACAUAAGUAAAGGUGCUUUGUAGUGCUUCUAUGCAGACACGUAAUAAUAAUUAUCACAUGCGCA